AUGCCCCCGCCGUCGCCAAUGCUGCUCUCAAUUCUCCUCAUCGCACUGCUUUCAAUGGCGGCUUCAUCUCAACGCAUCGGCGAGUUGUCGGGCGACGUCGAUCGCCUGCGCAACGCCGCCGUCGAGCGGCCAGUCGUCGUGCAAACGCGCGCCUCGCGCAUCGACUGCAUUCUCAAUCUUCGCAGUUUCGAGUUGUGCCGAAAUCUGUUGCACUAG